UUGAAUUGAGUUAUGGAUUGAUUAUUAUCGAUUCCAUGAUUAAUUCCAGGCUAUAAUGUUUGUUGUAUUUUUUGGUUGUAAUAAAAUUUCCAUCCUGAAUUCCACGUUUCGAAUCAUCAAUUUGACGCAACACAGAAAACACACAACUGGAAGCCGAUUAAAUGGGAAAAAUUUCCUGAAAAUAUAAAAUUCCUAGAAUUCGAUUUAGGUGUAAAGAAAAUUUUCCGGAAAAAAAUUUAUACAGACGUGUGUGUUUGGAUUCGAAUUUGAUUGAUUCCAACAACAAGAAAAAAAAUAUGCCACCAGUUAAACGUCGAUACAUUUUGUUUCGGAUCGAUUUUCUCGAUUUGGAUGGAUCAUCAUCAUCAUCAUCGAUAAAAUCACAACAAAAACAGCGGCCAAUAAUUCAUGAAGGUGAUCUUAUACAUUCGGUUCGUGAUAUGAUACAAAAACUUUAUGGUGAUUAUGGUCUUGCAUCCAUAUUGUUCAAUUUUCAUGCGAAAAAAUUCGAUAUAACCACCAGAACUGGUGUUUUUGCCGUUAAACGUGAAUCAUAUAAAUUUCUUAUUACAUCAUUACCAUUGAUACAAACGAUUAGAAAUUAUUCGAUACGCUUUACAAUAUUAAAAAUUUCUGGUACAAUACGUGGUACAUUACGAUCAUUACAAGGUUAUCAUGGUCGUAUGAUACAUAAUUAUAAAAAAUUAUUGCCUGAAAAUUCCCAACAACAACAACAACAACAAAAUGAAAUCAACAAAGGUUAUGAAUCGAUUGUAAAAAGUUUGACCGAAAAUUGAAAUUGAUUGUAUUAGUUAUAUUGGAAAAAUGACAAAUUUUAUUACGAAUUUUUUUUUCUACUGAC